CCACAGGAACUAAUCACAGAGCCGCAAGAACAACCUCUUGCUCUUAUGAUGGCUAAAUUGUGUUUUUGUUCAACCUAAGUACUCGAAAAGUUAAGAUAAGCAAGGAAGUUCGAGAAAAGUUCGACAGCUCUCUUAGGUCACUUUACUCGCAUAUUAACUUUUGGCAUACUACUAGAGGUGUAACUGACUACAUACCCCCAGAGUGGGCACAUUCAUUCGUGCGCUCACUCAUACCUAGAUCGCACGUUUGAUCACUCUUACCCAAAUCGAUUCGCUUGCUUAAUUCUGUGUAGUAGAUAAACCAGAAGACUGCAUAUGACCAUUUUCGGAGGACAGAGGCUUACUUACCCUAUGGAAGGUGAGUCCAUUCCUAUCCUAUCCCAUCCUAUCCUCUGCGAUCCUAUUCUCCCGUGUGUGUCCUAUCUUAUCCUACCCUAUCCUGGUCACUGACGAGGUAAGGAGUGACAUAAGGCAUCCAUCUUCGUUGAACUUGAUAGAAAAAACUCUAAUAAGACUGCGACGGCGGGAACACUGGGAGAGUCGGUUGUCCACAAAGAAUCGACAGAAUCGACCGCGAAUUAUGAGACUUAGCUUACAUACUCCCACUACUUACUUGGGAAAUGCAAUCCCCCACCUGUCCCAGGACUAGAAAUAGCAGCUGCUAGUAGUUUAGAAAUAGCAGCUGCUAGUACUAGGGUUAAGUAGUCUUUUUUCUGAUAUUUAUAUGAUUCUUUUUUCACUCGUUUCUUUCUACUUACAGGCUCUACCGGAAUUAGAUACUUUAGAAAAAAGAUGAAGAAUCGAGACUUUGUACUAUUGAAGUAAUGCUGUGCGUGUGUAAGCAUCAAUAUUUUUAGAAAGUACGUCCAGGCUUAUAGUCAAAUAUUAGAACAGCAGGAUGUUGCUCAAACAGCAUCUCCAAAACAGGGGGGUAGAGAACGAAAACAAGAGGAAACCAUAGAACUCUAAGAGUAGCUAACUUAGUCAAAGAAGGCGACCUUAGUCAGAGAUAAGCUAACUUAGUCAGAGAUAAGCUAACUUAGUCCGAGAUAAGCUGACUUGGUCAGAGAUAAGCUAACUUGGUCAGAGAGUAGCUAACUUGGUCAGAGAUAAGGUGACUUGGUCAGAGAUAAGCUGACUUGGUCAGAGAGUAGCUAAGCUGGCUCGUCCAUGGUGGCCUCUACGUAGUGACAUCUCUUAGAUGGUGACGUUGAAGCAUAAGCAUAACAACAGGGAUACACACACGUGGAAUGCGACUGCUUGAUAGUUGUUGAGCAGCGUGCUAUUCAGUUUAUAGCUCAAUAGGCGAGUCGUGCUUCAGCCCUUAUUGUUUUUUCACGAUUCCUCUCCCGUUAGUUCACAAGUUUCCACUCUUCUGUGGAUCUUGUCACAUCGAUUCGUCUUGCAUGUAGAUGUAGGUGACAUUUGCCUUGUAGAAGCUUCUACAACUAGGGUCUCAUUGAGCUGCACUCCGAAGAUGUCGUAAAACAGAAGAUGUCGUAGAUGACUGGUCUAGUAGCACUCGUCUGAGAUGCAUUUCAUUUUACCAGCACAAACUUCUAAUUAUAUAUAGGCAACAUUUAUUUCUGCGUCUGCCUCUGAGUGAAUGAGUGAAUUUCUACCACAAACUUCUAACUAUAGAGUAGAACGGCGCUCAAGAAAGGGGGAGCCAGUAGUUUAGGCGUCCUUCCGCGUCGGGCAGAUGCGGCCGUGGGCGCUGCCAUUCGAGAGGCGAGAGAGAGUC